AUGUGGCUUUCAAAGUUCCAGUUCCUCCCAAGGCCGAUAGCCAAGGGUAUUUCGUUAAGAUAUAACUCGCCCUUGCUUGUACGAUUGACAUCAAGUGCUUCCAACUCCCAAAGCAAUGAGAACAUCACAACACAGUACUCGGAGCUAUCCCCACUGCUCGUUAAACAGGCUGAGAAGUAUGAGACUGAACUAAGGGAACUCGAUAAGGAUCUCUCUAGCGGCAUUCACUUCGACGUGAAUAAGCAGAAGCAUCAUGCCAAGUUAUCGGCCCUAACCGACACAUUUAGUGAAUACAAGGAAAAGCUAAGUGAAUUGAAAGGUCUAAAAGAGAUGAUCGCGUCCGAUCCAUCAUUAAGGGCCGAGGCUGAACAAGAAUACAUGGAGCUGGUCCCGAAAUAUGAAACAACUUCGUCAAGACUAAUAAACAAACUUCUUCCGCCACAUCCGUUUGCAGAGAAGCCAAGCUUGUUAGAACUUCGACCAGGGGUAGGCGGAAUCGAGGCCAUGAUUUUUGCUCAAGACUUGUUGGAUAUGUAUAUUGGCUAUGCUAAUAACAAAAAUUGGAAAUAUCAAAUUAUAUCGAAAAACGAAAACGAAAGUGGAUCAGGCAUUAUCGAUGCUAUUCUUAGUAUCGAAGAACCUGGAUCUUAUGAUCGAUUGAGGUUUGAAGCAGGCGUUCAUAGAGUACAAAGAAUCCCCAGUACAGAGACCAAGGGAAGGACGCAUACAUCCACAGCGGCCGUGAUUGUACUACCCCAGAUGGGCGACGAAUCUGCCAAAUCCAUUGAUGCCUAUGAAAGAACAUUCAAACCAGGUGAAAUUAGAAUUGACAUCAUGCGUGCAAGUGGCAAAGGGGGGCAGCAUGUGAAUACCACAGAUUCUGCGGUCAGAUUAACCCACAUCCCCUCAGGUAUCGUUGUUUCCAUGCAAGACGAAAGAUCGCAACAUAAAAACAAAGCUAAGGCGUUUACAAUCUUAAGAGCAAGACUUGCGGAAAAGGAAAGGUUAGAAAAGGAAGAAAAAGAAAGAAAUGCUCGAAAGAGUCAGGUUUCGAGCACGAAUAGGUCUGAUAAAAUCAGAACGUACAAUUUCCCACAGAACAGAAUCACUGACCACAGAUGCGGGUUCACGUUAUUGGACCUGCCAGGCGUAUUAUCCGGGGAAAGAUUGGAUGAAGUCAUCGAGGCCAUGGCUAACUACGACAGUACCGAAAGAGCGAAAGAUCUGCUAGCAAAUAGCUAA